AUGGCGGAGAGCGACGGCGGCGAGGCGGACCCGGCCGCCGCUCGGCGGGCCGACGCCGCCGGCGACGGCGCCAGCCCCGACCCCGUCCCGCGCCCGCAGCGGCCGCAGCUCACCAAGUCGCGCACCAUCUCCGUCUCCUCCCCCUCGGCCUCCUCCACCGCCGCCGACAGGCUGCGGGCCGGCGGCGGGCGGGAGGGCCUCCUCGCCCGCCGCUCCACCACGGGGCCGCUCCCGCCGGUGGACGCGCUCGCGCCGCGCCGGCUCACCGUCGCCGUCGACGACCCCUCCCACUCCGCCUCGCCCCCCAACGGCGGCGUGCUCGACCGCGACUGGUGCUACCCCUCCUUCCUCGGCGCGCACGUCACGCGACCGCGCGCGCCGCGCCAGCAGCAGCAGCAGCAGAACACGCCGCCGCCCAGCGUCAGGCGGAACCCUAGCAACCCCGCUCCGCCGCCCCGCGCCCGGCGGGAGGAGGAGAAGCGCCUGGCGUCCCUCGUCAAGCUGCCGCCGCUGCUGGGGGACAGGAGGCCGCUCUCGCCUCCGCCUCCGCCGCCGCAGCAGGCUCGGCGAUUCGAUCUCCCACCAUACUACCUGCUACUCUUGCAGUUGCUGGUCGUAACUGUCACGACCUCCGCCCUGGCUUUCUGGCAGUGGAUCAAAGUGUUGAGCCUCCAGGAAAAGAUCAGAUCAUGCGGUGGUGCCAAUGCCGUGGACAGCGAGGAUGAAACCUUGCUUCCCAGUGACCCUGCUUCCAGUUUUGCUAGCUCCACUAACUGGAACUUCGUUCCGAUGCUUGCUCUGGCGAUCCCCGCAUUCCUCUUCAAAUACGGCGACCAGCUCCGACGGCACAGAGCAAAUUCCAUCCGGACGAGAGGCACCGAGGAAGAAGUGCCGCUGGAGAAGAGGAUUGCGUACAAGGUCGACGUGUUCUUCUCGGGGCAUCCGUACGCCAAGCUCCUCGCCCUCCUGCUAGCCACCGUGAUUCUCAUCGCCUCGGGCGGGAUCGCGCUGUUUGCUGUCAGCGGGAGCGGGUUCCUGGAGGCUCUUUGGCUUUCCUGGACUUUUGUGGCGGAUUCAGGGAACCAUGCUGACCAGGUUGGUCUGGGUCCUAGGAUCGUGUCUGUGUCGAUUAGCUCUGGCGGCAUGCUGGUGUUUGCCACGAUGCUCGGGCUUGUGUCGGAUGCCAUAUCGGAGAAGGUGGAUUCUUGGCGUAAGGGGAGAAGCGAGGUGAUAGAGACAAACCAUAUACUGAUCCUUGGAUGGAGCGAUAAGCUGGGCUCUCUUCUGAAGCAGCUAGCUAUAGCAAAUAAAAGUAUUGGUGGCGGUGUAGUUGUUGUUCUCGCAGAAAGAGAUAAGGAAGAGAUGGAGAUGGACAUAGGAAAACUAGGAUUCGACUUCAUGGGGACAUCUGUAAUAUGUAGAAGCGGCAGUCCUCUAAUUCUAGCAGAUCUGAAGAAGGUUUCUGUUUCCAAAGCCCGUGCUAUUAUUGUGUUAGCAUCUGAUGAAAAUGCAGACCAAAGUGACGCACGAGCUUUGCGUGUGGUACUAAGCCUGACUGGAGUAAAGGAGGGCUUAAGGGGGCAUAUUGUUGUAGAGAUGAGUGACCUUGACAAUGAACCUUUAGUGAAAUUGGUUGGAGGUGAACUAAUUGAAACAGUUGUUGCCCAUGAUGUGAUUGGACGUUUGAUGAUACAGUGUGCACUCCAACCUGGCUUGGCACAGAUAUGGGAGGAUAUUUUGGGAUUUGAAAAUGCAGAGUUCUAUAUUAAAAGAUGGCCAGAAUUGGAUGGCAUGCGGUUUGGGGAUGUGUUAAUCUCAUUCCCUGAUGCCGUGCCCUGUGGAGUGAAGCUUGCGUCAAAAGGUGGAAAGAUAUUAAUGAACCCUGCUGAUGAUUAUGUUUUAAGAGAAGGUGAUGAGGUCCUUGUUAUAGCAGAAGAUGAUGAUACUUAUGCUCCCGCCCCUCUAGCAGAGGUGCAUAAGGGUUUUCUACCUAAUGUUCAAAUCCCUCCGAAGUUUCCAGAGAAAAUUUUGUUCUGUGGUUGGCGACGGGACAUCCACGAUAUGAUAAUGGUUCUAGAAGCAUUUCUGGCUCCAGGUUCUGAAUUGUGGAUGUUCAAUGAGGUGCCAGAGAAAGAGAGGGAGAAAAAGCUGACUGACGGUGGUAUGGAUAUUUUCGGACUAACAAACAUUAAACUUGUACACAAAGAAGGGAAUGCUGUCAUCAGGCGGCACUUAGAAAGCUUGCCUCUUGAGACUUUUGAUUCUAUUUUAAUUCUUGCAGAUGAGUCAGUGGAGGACUCCAUCGUACAGUCAGAUUCACGAUCCUUAGCUACACUUCUUCUAAUCCGUGACGUUCAGUCCAAACGUCUUCCGUCAGAGGAGGUAAGAUCACCUCUGCGUCAGAAUGGCUUCUCUCACAGCUCCUGGAUUCGGGAGAUGCAGCAGGCAUCAGACAAAUCAAUAAUAAUCAGUGAAAUACUGGACUCGAGAACCAGAAACCUUGUAUCUGUCUCCAAAAUCAGCGAUUACGUUCUAUCGAAUGAACUUGUCAGUAUGGCGUUAGCAAUGGUGGCAGAAGACAAGCAAAUCAACAGAGUUCUUGAGGAGCUUUUCGCUGAGGAGGGCAACGAGAUGUGCAUAAGAUCUGCUGAAUUUUACCUGUACGAACAGGAGGAACUGAGUUUCCUGGACAUAAUGGUCAGGGCUCGUGAGAGAGAUGAGAUUGUGAUCGGCUACCGGCUUGCCCAGACCGACGAGGCAAUCAUCAAUCCAGAAGAGAAGUCCGAGAUUAGGAAGUGGUCGCUAGAUGAUGUCUUUGUUGUGAUCGCAAAUGGUGACUAAUCUGACAAUGGCAUCUCAACUUUUUUUGAAGUGCAGCCUAUAGUCUAACUCUAGUAAAGGUGCUGAUAGAAAUGAUACAUGAAAGUACAGUCUAAUCUUGUCGGAACCAUUUAGUUCUGUACACAUUGAGUUCUGUCAUCUCAGUAGCGGUCGGUUGAUCUCAACAUGAGUAAUUCCAGUGUCCACAGCUGAAAUUUUUGUUAACCAGUAAAUAAAAUGUACAGUGGAUGAGUGGAUCAAUGCACAUGUCUUCAAGUUGUAAUUUUCAAGUUAACACUGAUUAUUGAAUCUAUCCUACUGUAAGGACACACUAUGCUAUAUGGUGUUCUCAGGGAGAUGGCAUGCAAUAUAUUCUUUUUUGACUGUAACAUGGAAUAUAUUCUUACAAGGCUCCUGUAAUGCUAUCUAAACAU